UAGCAGAAGGUAGGUUACUUUCCAUAGUUCCCCUGCCCGGGGCACCAGCGACACUAUUUUAAGGCCUUCAUCUACCACAUGCUAGCUCGAUGACUUAGGUGGUAGCUUCUCCACUUCGAGGUUGUUUCGUAGCUUGGUGCGGAGGGAGUGUAUGAUUUUACUCGUAUUCUUGGGAGGUGAGUGAGGAUUUUAGCGGCAUGGGCGUGUUGUUGCGAUCUCUAUGAGCUUCGGUCUGCAGGCCAUCGGGCCAAGGUUUAAAACGAUAAGGAUGAGAUUGAAGCUAGUGGUGAGAGUUUUGAGGGAGCUUGAAUAGGUUGUGGUGGGUGUGGGGCGGAAGGAGGGGUUACACUAGAGGUCUUGAACUCGAGGAUAGUAUGAAGUUGGGUUGCCGACCAAGUUUGGCUUGAGCAGCACAUGAAACCCUUUUAGGAGUUUCGGGGACUUCUUGGGAAAAAGGUGAGAAGAUCGCCGCUGUGAGGAGAAGGUGUGGUAUUGUACGAUCGAGGCUUCUUGAGGGGCAGUCACGAUGAACAAUUUUCUGAACAACCCGCUCGGGAAGGCCAAGAACUAUGUUGAUCUCAAGAAGGACGCCCGCAGGGGUGACAUUGAGAUGGGGGACACGGCGGGGUCCGGGGGUGAGUCCGAGGUUGACAUGACACAGUUCUUUGAAGAAGUGGGAGUGAUUAAGAGCGAGAUGGACAAAAUCAAGCAAUUGCUGGAAAAAGUGAAGGCUGCUAACGAAGAAAGCAGGAUAGUGCACAAGGCACAGGCCAUGAAAGCUUUGCGGUCCCGUAUGGACGCAGACAUCGCGCAAGUGACUAAGAUUGCCAAAUCUAUCAAGCUGAAGCUCGAGGACCUUGACAGAGCUAACGCCGCAAACAGGAGAGUGAGAGGGUGCGAGGAGGGAACACCUACGGACAGGACCCGAACAUCCAUCACGGGCACGCUGAGAAAGAAGCUUAAGGAUCUCAUGGGGGAAUUUCAAACCCUUAGGCAGAAAAUGAUGGAAGAAUAUAAGGAGACUGUGGAACGGAGAUAUUACACAGUAACUGGUGAGCAUGCGGAUGAUGACACUAUAGAACAUAUCAUUGAAACUGGGAACAGUGAGACGUUUCUUCAAAAGGCAAUUCAGGAGCAAGGACGCGGUCAAGUAUUGGAGACAAUAAAAGAAAUUCAAGAACGGCACGAUGCCGUAAAGGACAUAGAGAGGAACCUAAUUGAGUUGCAUUCAAUUUUUAUGGACAUGGCAACAUUGGUUGAGGCCCAAGGAGAGCAAUUGAAUAACAUUGAAUCACACGUGAACAAGGCGUCAUCAUUUAUAGACCGAGGAACGCAGCAACUGAAAAUAGCCAAAGACCACCAAAGAAACACCAGGAAGUGGAUGUGCAUCGGCAUUGCGUUGGUCAUUAUUUUGAUCCUGAUCAUUUUACUUCCGAUCUUGAAAUCUGUAGGUGCCUUUGACCGCAGUGCACCGCCACCUAAAUGAGUUUAUCUUACCAGACGUAUCAAAAUGAAUUUUAGAGCUGGAGAUUUCUGUCGAUGCUUGUCCAGGAUCUUGGAAGGCUUUCUCAAGAAUCAUAGAGCUCAAAGAUUACGAGGAAAGUGAAGUUAGAGGCCUCAUUGCAGUAGAAGAAAGAGCUCAAGGACCCAGUUAUGUUUGUACGAUAUUGCUGUGAUCAUAUAUAUAGUUCACUUAGCCUCUUUUUUGAUUGCCUUGUACUCACUAACCUACACGCAUGUAAUGAAAGCGUGUUGAUACCGGAACCAGUAAGUAAAGUAGCAUCUGCGUAACGUGAAUGCUAGUUACAUUUGACGAAAAUGUUUGACCAGGUUUGUAAAACUAUUGUGUUUGCAUAUAAGGUUGUACCGUUGUGUUUAA